CAGACGUCGUCAUUCCUCCUCUGACCUCACCUCAAGAAAAAUUGGAGCAGAUUACACACGGGCCACAAAGGACACACCGGAGCUGUUGGCUUCGUGCCGAAUAUUCAUUAUAUCGGUAAAAUACUGUAAAAAAACUUUAUUGACCACCAAAACCUCGUCAUCAUGUCCGCUACUCCACCUAAAAACGGUGAUACAUCCAACUCCCCUGACGUCAGGCCACAACCCCCUCUUGCAAGGCAGACUAGAUCUGAUUUUGACCUCGAACCUAACCCAUUCGAGCAGUCCUUUUCUCGUCCAUCCCAUGUCCGCCAUUCCCCUCCAUCCAAACGUGAUUCAUCUAGUCCAGUAUCUCUACAUGACAGACCACCCUCUGCUGCUUCGAAUAAAAAUUCAAAGGAUGGUAGGUCUACUUCUCCGAGACCAGUACUACCCCCUUUGGCAUCCAUAGCAUCUCCUACUACAGAUCAAUCUUAUGGUUGGCAGUUUUCUUCAUCUCUUGCAAACUCUCUUCGCGCUGGUCCACUCUCCCCCGCCAUGCUAGCCGGCCCACAGCAAGGUUCAGACUCCGCAUCCCAUUUACCUUUUGACACCUCUUUCCGAACUGGUUUGACACCCCGCACCGGUCUCACACCCCGCACAGGAUUGACACCAGGCACCGGCUUGACACCCCUGGUAGGGGGUCCUGUAUCUUUCCCCCCUCCUUCCCCGAAUACUGCCGCUUUUUUGGCGCUUAUGAAUAAUAAUGCAAGCGCUAAUUCAAACGCGACUAUAACACCAAACACCCUCAGCGCAAUCACAGGUGUUCUUAACUCCUCUUCAGCGCAAUAUAGUUCCGUCACACAUGCUCCCACAACUAGUUCUCACCUAUCCACAUCCGUCACUGCUAAUCAGGAAAACAGUGAUCCUCCUUACCUCAGCGCAUCCUCUGCCGCAAGCACGGCUGCAAAUGGUUUAUAUUUGCUUUCUCAAGCUCAUCAGGAGCUUACGAAACGCGAAGAGGCACAGGCACGUGCUAACAAUGUUGCAAAUGCAACUAACGGAAGACGUGGUGUAAAGCGCAAAUCUUACGAUCAAGCAAGUCCACCGCCCCAACCUGCUCCCACAGCCCGUGCCCAAUCUCAGCAGCAGCAUACUUCACCCGUUAAACGCGCACGCGCUAACACUGUAACCAGUGUCAGCACCAACGGUCGUGGUAAAGCAUCCACAGAUGAUGAGGAGGAUGAGGAGGACGAGGAUGAUGACGACCUACCACCUUCUCAGAACGCUGGUGGGCGGAAGCAGCCAAAGAAGCCCGAAACAGAGGAAGAGAAGAGACGUAACUUCCUCGAACGAAAUAGACAAGCCGCCUUAAAGUGUCGACAGCGCAAAAAGGCAUGGCUUGCAUCAUUGCAGGCCAAGGUCGAGUAUCUUCAGACGGAGAACGAGCGGCUGACAUCCGCCCUUGUCUCAUCACGCGAGGAGAUCUCGCGGUUAUCUGCCCUCGUUGGAGGUGCCGUCAUUGGACCAGGGGGACCGACUGUCGGUCCAGGAGUGGGCCCACCACCAGUAGCGGUCAAUGGCGUGGCCACGAAUGGCCAACCCAUCAGCAUGAACAUGAAUCUUGUUGCCAAGGGCGCACCCGCCACCUCUGGCCGCGCGAGCUAUGGGUACUAAAUGCCUUGAAGCUCCAGCCGUCCUUCGAUCUACUAUUCGUUUCAUGAUGUGUUGCGCUACACGUUGAGUCGGCACCGCUCAUUACGAAUAUGCGCCGCGUAGGAUGUAGGAUUGUCGUUAUCUUUAUUUUUGCAUCAUCGUUAACACACGAGAAAGAUAUCACUGCGUCUCCCUGCUCUUUCUCUUGCAUAGUCCUUGCAUCAUCCCUAGCAUUCUAUUUCUCACUAGUCUCUACCUACCGCCCGCGAUGCCAUCGCUUGCAUUGGCACCACUUCGACGUCGUCCUCGGCACAGCUUAGCACAUUGCCAU